CUGAAACUAUUGUCGUUGUCGUACGAUAGCAGUAGUAACGAUGAAUUUCGACCUGAAGUAAGACUGUGCUUAAAGCACUUUGAACGACACAUUAAUCACAAAGGUGCGUGCACGUUCGGCGAGAUGACGAUUGAUGCAAAUAAACUACGAAACGGCACACAAAUUCAUUUCGAGUUCACAUGGCCUGUAAGUUGUUUUUGUUUAUUCAUAUUCACAUUCCCAUGA